AUGGGUGUUGUGGUGCGAUAUGUGGACAAGAAUGGAUGUGUUAUAGAACGUUUUCUUGGUGUUGUUCAUGUUAGUGAUACAACUGCAACCUCACUUGAGAAAGCACUUGAUUAUUUGUUAUCUACUUAUGAUUUAAGUAUAUCUAGUUUGAGAGGUCAAGGAUAUGAUGGCGCAAGCAACAUGAGAGGAGAAUUCAAUGGGUUGAAGAGUUUGAUACUCAAGAGAAAUUCCAGUGCUUAUUAUGUACAUUGCUUUGCUCAUCAGCUUCAGCUCACGAUUGUUGCUGUUGCUAAAAAACAUAAAAUUGUCGGAUCUUUUUAUAAUUCUAUCUCUCGUUUGUGUAAUACUGUUGGAGGUUCUUGUAAGCGCAGAGAUAUACUUCGGGAGAAACAGAGAGAGAAUAUUAUUAAAGAGAUUGCAAGUGAUGAAAUAAGCACAGGAAGAAGACUAAAUCAAGAAAUGUCAUUGAAGCGACCUGGAGAUACUCGUUGGAGUUCACAUUACGGUACUCUUGUCAACUUGAUACAUUUAUAUUCUUCUAUUGUUGAUGUUCUUGAGUAUGUUGGGGAGAAUGGUCAUGACGAUUCAAUAAGGGCUGAAGCUGAUGAUGUGCUAGAAAUUAUAAAUAGUUUUGAGUUUGUCUUUGUGUUAAAUCUUAUGAAGCAAAUCUUGGGAAUCACACAUGAACUCUCCCAAGUGAUACAAAAGAAAGAUCAAGACAUUGUUAAUGCGAUGAAUCUUGUCAAGGUAGCAAAAUCACGUCUGCAAAUAAUGAGGGAAAAAGAUUGGGAUGUAUUGCUUGCUGAUGUUUCUAAGUUUUGUAGCAAAUAUGAACUGGAUGUGCUUGACAUGGAAGAUGAGUUUGUAGCUCGAAAAAAAGGAAGACGUAGAGCUGAGAAAAUGAAGAAUCUCCACUAUUAUCGAGUUGAGCUCUUUUGUUCUGUUAUUGACUUGCAAGCUCAAGAGUUGAAUCAACGUUUUGACGAAGUCAACACAGACUUAGUUUUAUGCAUGUCAUGUUUUGAUCCUAGGGACUUAUUUUCUGCAUUUGAUUUGGAGAAGCUGCUUCGUCUUGCACGAUAUUAUCCUUCUGAAUUUUCUGAAGUUGCUUUGUCCGAGCUUAAAAGUCAACUUGAGAACUUUAUUUUCGAUGUGCGCAUAGAUGAAAAGUUUUCACAAAUAUCAGGAAUCAGUGGUCUUGCUCAAAAGAUGGUUUCUACAAGGAAACAUGAAGUUUUUCCAAUGGUUUAUUCAUUAGUUAAGUUGUCAUUGAUCUUACCAGUUGCCACUGCAUCAGUAGAAAUAGCCUUUUCAGCAAUGAAGAUCAUCAAGACUUCUCUAUCGGUUUCAGAAGAUGAAGAAUAG